CCUGUCGCCCGUAGCAACGUUGCGUUGAUACGUACACACUCAGCGCAGCGGAUUACGGUACCCUACGUGGUUACGUCACAUUUCCGCGCAAGCGUGCUUCGGUCCUGCGUGGAGCGCGUGACGUCACUUGCGACGGUGGGUGCCCGAGAGCUGAAGCGGUUGGUCGUUCUACCCGCGGUUGGUGACGGUUUUAGCGGAGAGUCUCCCCCUCUCGCCCCACAGCUUGGAAGAUCUCGGUGCCAGCGCAGCAGCAGCCCACCAGCCGGUGCAUCAUGAGUGUGGAGGCGUAUGGGCCCAGCUCGCAGACGCUCACCUUCCUGGACACGGAGGAGGCCGAGCUGCUCGGGGCUGACACUCAGGGCUCAGAGUUCGAGUUCACCGACUUCACUCUGCCCAGCCAGACCCAGACUCAGGGGCAGACCCAGAGUCAGCUUGACGGACAGGUCAAUGGCCCAGAUGGCAUACUACAGAAUGGCACAGUCGAUGAUGGUGUGGGAAAAACAAGCCAAUUGUUGGGUGAGCUGAACUUUGAAGAAGAUGAAGAGGAUACAUACUAUACAAAGGACCUUCCUGUUCAUGCCUGCAGCUAUUGUGGGAUUCAUGAUCCAGCUUGUGUUGUCUACUGCAAUACAAGUAAAAAAUGGUUCUGCAAUGGACGCGGAAACACUUCUGGCAGUCACAUUGUAAAUCAUUUGGUGAGAGCAAAGUGUAAAGAAGUUACUUUGCAUAAGGAUGGACCACUUGGAGAGACAGUGUUGGAAUGCUACAAUUGCGGGUGUCGAAAUGUGUUCCUCCUGGGAUUCAUUCCUGCUAAGGCAGAUUCUGUGGUUGUGCUUCUGUGCAGACAACCAUGUGCCAGUCAGAGCAGCUUGAAGGAUAUCAACUGGGACAGCUCCCAGUGGCAACCUCUUAUUCAGGACCGUUGCUUCCUUUCUUGGCUGGUGAAGAUCCCAUCUGAACAGGAACAGCUAAGAGCUCGCCAAAUUACGGCCCAACAAAUAAACAAACUGGAGGAGCUGUGGAAGGAAAACCCCUCUGCAACGUUGGAGGAUCUGGAAAAGCCUGGUGUGGAUGAGGAACCCCAGCAUGUUCUGCUUCGGUAUGAGGAUGCCUAUCAGUACCAAAAUAUAUUUGGACCACUUGUUAAGCUUGAAGCUGAUUAUGAUAAAAAGCUGAAGGAAUCUCAAACACAAGAUAACAUUACAGUGCGCUGGGACCUCGGCCUCAACAAGAAGAGGAUUGCUUAUUUCACUUUGCCAAAAACUGAUUCUGAUAUGCGUUUAAUGCAAGGAGACGAAAUAUGUUUGAGGUACAAAGGUGACCUUGCACCAUUGUGGAAAGGGAUUGGCCAUGUGAUCAAAGUCCCAGACAAUUACGGUGAUGAAAUUGCCAUAGAGUUGAGAAGCAGUGUUGGUGCUCCAGUGGAAGUAACUCACAAUUUUCAAGUGGAUUUUGUGUGGAAGUCAACGUCCUUCGACAGAAUGCAGAGUGCAUUGAAGACCUUUGCUGUAGACGAAACUUCAGUUUCUGGGUACAUAUAUCAUAAACUUCUGGGUCAUGAAGUGGAAGAUGUAAUUAUUAAGUGUCAGCUUCCAAAGAGGUUCACAGCGCAAGGGCUACCAGAUCUCAACCAUUCACAGGUUUAUGCCGUGAAAACGGUUUUACAACGUCCACUCAGUCUUAUUCAGGGGCCUCCAGGUACUGGAAAAACUGUAACAUCUGCUACAAUUGUUUAUCAUCUUGCUAGACAGGGAAAUGGACCUGUGUUGGUGUGUGCGCCAAGCAAUAUUGCAGUGGAUCAACUGACUGAGAAAAUCCACCAGACUGGUCUUAAAGUUGUUCGUCUGUGUGCAAAAAGCCGCGAAGCUAUUGAUUCUCCAGUUUCCUUCUUGGCAUUGCAUAAUCAGAUUCGCAACAUGGAAAGCAUGCCAGAGCUGCAGAAAUUGCAGCAGCUGAAAGACGAGACUGGAGAACUCUCUUCUGCUGAUGAGAAACGAUAUAGAGCUCUUAAAAGAACAGCCGAAAGGGAACUGCUUAUGAAUGCUGAUGUAAUUUGCUGUACAUGCGUGGGAGCAGGUGACCCUAGGCUUGCAAAAAUGCAAUUUCGUUCAAUUCUGAUAGAUGAAAGUACACAAGCCACGGAGCCUGAAUGUAUGGUACCAGUGGUUCUUGGAGCAAAACAGCUUAUUUUGGUGGGAGAUCAUUGUCAGCUUGGCCCAGUUGUGAUGUGUAAAAAAGCUGCAAAGGCUGGACUGUCCCAGUCUCUCUUUGAGAGGCUUGUGGUACUUGGAAUUAGACCUAUCCGUCUACAGGUUCAGUACCGAAUGCAUCCUGCAUUGAGUGCUUUUCCAUCGAACAUUUUCUAUGAAGGCUCCCUUCAAAAUGGUGUGACCGCAGCUGAUCGUGUGAAGAAAGGUUUCGACUUCCAGUGGCCACAACCAGACAAGCCAAUGUUUUUUUAUGUUACCCAGGGACAAGAAGAAAUUGCCAGUUCCGGCACCUCCUACUUGAACAGGACAGAAGCUGCGAAUGUUGAGAAAAUCACUACCAAGCUUCUGAAGGCAGGUGCCAAACCAGACCAAAUUGGCAUAAUUACUCCAUAUGAAGGGCAGAGAUCGUACCUAGUUCAGUACAUGCAGUUUAGUGGCUCAUUGCACACUAAACUCUACCAGGAAGUGGAAAUUGCUAGUGUUGACGCUUUUCAAGGCAGAGAGAAGGACUUUAUUAUUCUUUCCUGUGUAAGAGCUAAUGAACACCAGGGCAUUGGUUUCUUAAAUGAUCCUCGUCGUUUGAAUGUGGCUUUGACUAGAGCAAGAUAUGGUGUUAUUAUUGUGGGCAACCCAAAAGCACUUUCAAAGCAACCCCUGUGGAAUCACCUACUAAAUUACUACAAGGAACAGAAAGUUCUUGUGGAGGGACCACUCAACAAUCUCCGAGAAAGUUUAAUGCAGUUCAGCAAACCUCGGAAACUUGUAAACACUAUUAAUCCUGGAGCUCGUUUCAUGACCACCGCUAUGUACGAUGCCCGUGAAGCAAUAAUUCCUGGAUCCGUCUAUGAUCGAAGCAGUCAAGCUCGACCCUCGAAUAUGUAUUUUCAAACUCACGAUCAAAUUGGUAUGAUCAGCUCUGGACCCAGUCAUGUAACUGCAAUGAACAUUCCUAUACCAUUCAAUUUGGUUAUGCCUCCAAUGCCCCCACCAAGCUAUUUUGGACAGGCCAAUGGGCCAACUGCAGGUAUGCAUGCAUUUUUGUUUUCUGGAUGGAUGUUUUGA